AUGAGUGGAGAGCAAAAGGUGGCGUGCGUGACAGGAGCUUCCGGUUACAUAGCUUCGUGGGUGGUGAAGCUCUUAUUGGAACGUGGAUACUCUGUCAAAGCUUCUGUUCGAGACCCAAACGAUCCAAGGAAGACAGAACACCUGCUUUCCCUCGAUGGAGCUAAGGAAAGACUACAUUUGUUUAAAGCUGGUUUAUUGGAUGAAGGGGCUUUCGAUGCUAUAGUCGAUGGCUGUGAAGGUGUUUUCCAUGCAGCAUCGCCUGUACUCCUUUCAGCCAAUGAUCCACAGGCUAAAAUAAUUGACCCCGCAGCGAAGGGAACACUAAACGUUCUCAAAUCAUGUGUAAAAGUCCCUUCUAUAAAGAGAGUGGUAGUAACAUCUUCCAUUGCUUCAGUUGCUCUCAAUGGAAAACCUUUUAGCUUUGAUGUGGUUGUCGAUGAGACCUGGUUUUCAGAUCCUGUAUAUUGUGAGCAGCAGAAGUUUUGGUAUAUGGUAUCAAAAACUUUAGCUGAAGAGGCUGCUUGGAAAUUUGCAAAGGAAAAUAGGAUUGACUUGGUCACACUACAUCCAGCGCUUGUGAUUGGUCCUCUCUUGCAGCCAACUAUUAACCUCUCUGUAAAGCCUAUUCUGAAUCUUAUAACUGGAGCUCAAACACUCCCCAAUGAAGUUUACACAUUUGUUGAUGUUAGAGAUGUUGCUUAUUCACAUGUUCAAGCAUUUGAUGUUCCAUCUGCCAGGGGAAGAUACUGUUUAGUUCAAUGCGUUGCACACCUUAUUGAUGCUUUGAAGAUUUUAAAAGAACUCUACCCUUCCUUGAACCUUCCUGAAAAAUGUGAAGAUGACAACCACCUAUUGCCAAUCUAUCAAGUAUCCAAGGAGAAAGCAAAAAGUUUGGGUGUGAAUUUCAUUCCUUUUGAAGUGAGUCUUAAGGACACUGUUGAAAGCAUAAAGAAGAAAGGUUUUGUUAAUUUUUAG